AGUGAGUGAGUGAGUGAGUGAGUUGGGGGUUAGUUAGUGCUAUCGAAGCAACGACUCACAGUGACUGUCUGUCAGUCUGUGGGACUGAGGUGCACGAUCCCACGCAGUGGUUGGGCUUAUAUAAUUGUAUAUAAUAAUUAUAGAUAUAUAUUUAGUGUGUAGUAUAUAUAUAUAUAUACACACACACACACCAAACACAGUCACUUUGCUCUGCUCAAGUUGUUGCUCUCUUCACACAAUGCCUUCGAGACAACAGGUACAAGGAGGCAAAGUAUUCGGAUUGCUCAAAGCUCAACAGGAGGAGAGACUGAACUGUAUCAAUAAGGAGUUUCUGGAGGACGAGAAAUAUAACGAUGUGGAUGAGCUCCUAGAGAACCUGGAAUCUUUCAAAAAGAAGUAUGUGGAGUUUGACCUUAAUGACCACGGUGAUAUCGAUCUGAUGAGCUUGAAGCAGAUGCUGGAGAAGCUGGGCGUUCCCAAAACACACCUGGAGGUGAAGAAGAUGAUCACUGAAGUAACUGGGGGAAGCAGUGAGACCAUCUCAUACCGGGACUUUGUCACAAUGAUGCUGGGCAAGCGCUCGGGGGUGCUCAAACUAAUUAUGAUGUUUGAGGGCAAGAACGGAGGGAAUGACGAGAAACCUGCAGGACCUCCUGCCAAGAGAGAUAUCUCCAGCCUUCCCUGAGCCUGGCCUGGGAGCUGCCGGGUGCUUUACAGCAUGUAGUUUAACUCUCCUCUCUCGGUUUUGUAAAUACUGUGGUCUGAUACUCAUCUGUUUAUCUUGUUCUUACCAGGAGCAACUUACCUCAAACUGCCCCCCAAACCAUUGCAUCCCAAAACUGACCCCCUGAACCAGCACAAAAGAAAACCUGUUCAAUUUGUUGAACGGCUAAUGCUCCGAUGUGACAGGAACACUCCUCCCUGUCGAUCAGCCUUCCGUCCACAGGGAAGUACAAGCAGAACAUUUGGUUUCCAUUCCGACUUGGAAACCUAUUCUGCUGUAGCUGUCCUGAAGUGAUUGUGCUUACGGUCACCUCCCCCCCCCCCCCGUCCUCUCCCCCUGGCUCAGGCUCCAUCACUGUCAAGCGCUCUGGGACGCUACUCUGCGUGAAGGGCGCUAUAUAAAUGCAAGUUGUUGUUAAAGCGAAAAAAUAACCCGAAACUGAAAGGAUCAUUUUUUUUUGAAGGGCGUCCAAUUGGGAAAUUGGCCUUGAAGCUCCUGUUUCAAUCAGCACUCCCACAAAUGUCUGUAUAUAUCUACCAACGCAUUGCCUCGCUGCUGCCAGUGAGCUCAAUGUGGGAGCUCUUAACUCCAUUAAAUAGAAUUGGGGAUGUCAUGGAAUCAUAGAGAAACGACGGCAACAGAAGAUGGCAAUUCAGCACGUUGAGCCCAUGCUGGUGCUUGUGCAAAACUACCCCCUGCGUUGGACUUCCCUCACUACUAAUCGUGCUCCCUCCUCACUGUACUUAGUUUUUUUUUGGAGGGUGAUAAUAAUAGUAAUAAUCCCUCCCCCCAAAAAAAUUUGUUGCUCACUCCAUCACCGUUCAUGGGACACUUCUGCGCGCAAUCGGUUGCUGCGUUUCGCCCACGAAAAAUGCACAGUUAAUCUACUUUACAGUAUGAUCCUGUGAAGCUCUUUGAGAUGUCUCAACGACGUGAUAAAAUGUUAUAUCAAAAGAAAGGAUUAUUAUUAUUAUUAUUAUUAAUUCAUUCACUCUCUGACCUUGUUGUAAAAAAUUGUUUCUAUCUCUACCUUUCCUGGAUUCUUUGCUAAACGAAGAUAUUUUAACUUACGUUAUAACCAAUUUAAAAAAAAUCAUACGAGGCAUUUCAAUGUAUAUUACGCUGACUUUCACGGAAGAUUGCGUCAUCUAGUCUGCAUCUUCGGUGACACACAAUGACUUUUGUACAUGUUCAGAUACAAAAAUUAAAAGGUUUUUAAAUGAA